AUGCGAGAUGGUGAUGAUAGAGUUGCACUUCACUAUGCUGCUGAGGUCGGCGAUGAAGAAACGUUUCAACGAAUUUUGGACUUAGACCCUUCGCUAAUAGACUGCCAGGAUCAUAACGGGUAUACGCCGUUCCUGCUAGCUUCAAUGAGCGGGAAUAUAUCGGCAAUGGAAUUACUGGCUCAAAGAGGAACCAAUAUCAAUCACUUCGACAAAGAUAAACAUUCAGCUGUGCACUGGGCUGUGGUUUGCGGAGAGGUUUGUGUUUUCAGCAUGCAUAUUAAUUAUACCACAGUUGGCGCACAACCAUUACACUAUGCAACAGUAUCAGAAGAUGUGCCGUUGGAAACUAGCGCAGCAAUCCUCCAUGUACUUCUCAAAAAUGGGGCAAAUGUCAAUGCUGUAGACUUUGAUGGCCGAACACCGCUAUUAUGGGCUGCAUGUAAUGGUAACCCCGAAGCAAUAAUAGCCUUACUGCAAGCUGGAGCAAGUCGGACUGUAGUCGACAGAAACCAAUUAGGGGUAUUGCAUUGUGCAGCAAGUCAGGGUCAUGCUAAUGCAUUGCACAUUUUAAUUCAGUCCUCUGAACAAUCAUUAAUUGACAGCGUUGAUCGUAAUGGUGACACGCCUUUGUUUUAUGCAGUUUCACUUGGGCAUUAUGAAUGCGCAAAACUUUUACUUACUAGUGGAGCCAAUCCAAAUCAGCAGGACAAUCGUCUCAAAACUCCCAGUCACUGCGCAGCAGCAAAAGGACAAUUACGAUUGCUUAAAAUGUUAAAACAUUAUGGAGCAAGUUUUGAAAUUCAAAAUAGACGUGGUGAUAUCCCGCUUCAUGAAGCAAUACAAGCAGGGUGUAAAGAUAUAAUCGAGUGGUUAUUGUCAAUUCAACCCUCAACACUAAAUGCAACGAAUCAUGCUGGUCGAAGCGGCUUACAUUUGGCUGCUGCUACCGGAAAUAUGGAAAUUGUUGUCUUGCUGUGUACAAAAAAUGCAGAGAUUGAUCCAUUAAUGUUAUCCGAUGGCAAACUGUAUACUCCUCUGGAUCUCGCCGAAAUUAAGGGACAUGAAAUAGUAGCCGAUUAUUUACGAAGACGACAUAACGCAAGGAGAGCCGAAGAAAUGACCGAAACAGAGAGAGAGGAGUGGACCGCUCACUUAGAAGAGCAAAUUGACCGAGGUGAGAAUAAUCAGAAUAAACAUCACCAUCAUAAGCUAAAAUCUAAAUUAAGCAGAUCGAGAAAGAAAAUUUUCAAUCAAAAUAAUAUCGAAAUCAAAAAAUUAUCUCAAAAAUUUAAAAUAGUAUAUGAAGCUUCCAAAAAUCGACAUUCACACAUAUUGGACCCACUUUCAGGUGCAAAUGCGCUGCAAGCAAGAGAAGCAGAAAUAUUUCAAGAACUAACUAACCUAAAGAAAGCCCAAAUCCAAUAUGGAAAGCUCAAAGAGAAAAGUGCUGUGCGAACACUCAUAAGGAGGUUUUGUAGAAAACACGAACUGAAUCCAACGGAACUUAAUUUCCUUACUUACAAUAGCUGGGAGAAAUUUCUACAUGAGCAACUACGACUACUUUACGCCGAAGAAAAGAAACGUUUGCUAUGUGCAAAAGCGACACCAAGCUUUAGGAACACCGGAAGGCAAGUUAACAGCAGAAUAACAGUAACCUUAAAUUAA